GCCCGGGCAGCCAGCAGCGAGGGUCCCUCCUACACCCAGGGCCAGAGCCCAGAGCCGAAAACCCGCGAGUAUUUCUACUACAUCGACCACCAAGGCCAGGCACCUGAGAGCUGUCCGGAAAGUGUCCUGCACCAGCCUUAAUUAGCAAACUGCGUAAAGUGGGCGGCCCCGCUCGGCCGGCCUGAGGAGGAAAGCGCGCUCUCCGGCUCAGUCCUCCAGGAUAGGCCGGGGCCUGCCCAAUGAGACCAGCCUCGGGGAGCCCAAAGCCAGCGGGAGGCCUGCGGUUCACACUGACGCUCGGCUCGCCCGAGGAAGCUCAUCGGGCCGUAAAACCAGACCCAGAAUCACAGCCGUUUGAGAAGGGAAACGCCCGUGGGACUUUCAGGGGUCCCGAGUUGCUUUCUCCCACACAUAAACCCCUCCUUUUAACCCCAGUGCGCUUCCAAUAAUGCUGCGUGGUUGAGAAUCUCGGGACACCACAAUUUUGGAAGAAUCAAAGAGCAAUGAGAUUGCUUGACAUGGAGAAGCAGACUUCCCAACGGGCUCUGUGUCCAAAAUAGGAUGUAAGGGAUAACAUCCAAGAAAAGGGAUAGGGUAGUUGCAAAAGCGAGAGAUAACAACAGACAGUGCCCAUAAAAUCUCAAAGCAUGAAGAAGAAGGUGUCCCCUGUGGAGGGUCUCUGGGUGUACAUGCACAUAAAAGAAAUGCAGAGAUGAAAAGGUGCAGGUGUGUUGUAAUUUGCACAGGGGAAAGAAUACCUCGUUAACAUGAUCAUAGAGCUCCUUGAAAUAGUCAAGUGCAAUAUGAUGGACACUGGAGAUGCAAAGAGAAAAAUGCCAUCCAACCCCUGUGGGGAAUUAGCAGCAGGGCCUGAAAAGGCAGUAAAAUAGUAUUGCAAAAGCCACGUGGAUACACACAAAUGCCAGGACAUGCACAUGUGCGUCCCUGCAUGUUCCUGCGUGCACAGGGCACACUGCAGGAUCACCACUACCCUGCUCCCUAAGAUGGGGGAGUCCACCUCUUACUCCUCUUUCUCUAUCUCUCUCCUGCCUGUCCUGCAGCUUUUCCUGGAUGAUGCUAAAGUGAAGAAUUUUAUCACCUGUUUCAAAGACCAGAAGUUCCUGGUCUUCUUCUUCACCCGCCUGAGGAAGAACCAAAGUGGUCGCUAUGAAGAUGCCUUUCCCUUCAUCUCACUUUGUGGUCGUGAACACAACUUUGUGCGCUGUGACGAUCUCCCUGUGGUCUUCACACACCUGCUGGAAGAUGGCCCAGGAUCCACACGCCUGUCCUAUGGGGGAGCGGGGGAGGCCCUGGCUGUACCCUUCGAACCUGCCCGACUGAUGCCCCUCCCUGCCAACGGACGGCUCUAUCACCCAGCGCCCAAACCGGCUGGUGGUGUGGGGCUGGUCCGCUCUUCCCUGGCCUUUGAGCUCAGUAGCUGCUUCCAGUACCCACCGGGAGGGGCCACCCUGCCCACCCAUAUCUUGUGGCAAGGCCAGAAAUACCCUCUAACCAUGGACCUUGCAUCCCUCUUUCCUAAAUCCUGUGGGCCCUGAAGCAUUGUACCCCCUUCUUCACCUGCUGUCUUCCUCUGGCUCAGGAAUGUGGACGUCAGGAAGGUGGGGGUCCAAACAGAUAGUAACGUUCAGGGACAUGACCGGCCUAAGGUCCCAAGGUUGCUGGUGCUGAGGACAGUGGAAGGAGAGCCUUAGCAAAGAUGAGUCCUAGAGCUAAAGCUUCCUAAUAAGGAUUAAGAGAAAGUCCUUCCUGUGAUGUGCUUAUUGUCUUUUGGUUACUGAGGUUUUGACGGCCCAUUGAUCAAGGGAAGGAGAACAGGAUAGAGUAGAAGGGUUAGAACCAGGGCGUUCUCCCAGCAGUGGGGAUUCAGGAAUGACCUUGGGGAGCUGUGGGAUAGAAGGACAAAGAGUCCUGUUGUAGUGUGCCAAGAGGACUGAGUGACAAGGCCUUAAAGGAAAAGGCCUUCAUCCUGUCCCUAUGUAAACACCUUGGGCCUCUGCCACUUCUUCCUGAGGAUGGAAGCAGGGGUGGUUCAGGUUCAUGCUCUACACACCUGAAUUCAGUUAAAUGCCAAAAACAUUGUGACUGCUACAUGCUAGGCCCUGUUCUGAGCACUAAAGAUACAAACAUUAAAAAGAACAGUUUGCUCUCGUGGAGCUUAAAAUCAA